AUGGUGACGGAUUUGAUUUUGUCAAGAGAAAACCAAAACGGUUUCAGUGAGUAUGUCGCCAGUAACCCUAAUGCAAAACCAGGGAUUGAUUUCACCGUCACUCUUCUCACCAGUGGUUGUUGGCCAAGUUACAAAACGUUUGGCAUUAAUAUACCAAGUGAUAUGGUCAAGUGUGUUGAAGUUUACAAAGGGUUUUAUGAAGCGAAAACGAAAGCUAGGAAACUUACUUGGAUCCAUUCACUUGGAACUUGUCACAUCAAUGGAAAGUUUGGUCAAAAGACCAUUGAGUUGAUUGUGUCUACUCACCAAGCUGCUCUGCUUCUGCUUUUCAACACAAGAGACGCAAUGAGUUACACUGACAUCCAAACUCAACUGAACGUAACCGAUGAAGAUCUAGUGCGGUUACUUCUUUCCUUGUCAUGUGCUAAGUACAAGAUUCUUAUCAAGGAUCCAAACACAAAGACUGUUUCAAAGGCUGAUGUUUUCCAAUUCAACUCCAAAUUUACCGUUGGAAUGCGCAGAGUAAAGAUCCCUCUCCCUCGUGUUGAUGAAAGGAAGAAAGUCGUUGAAGAUGUAGUAGAGAAAGACAGGCGCUAUGCAAUUGAUGCUGCCAUUGUCAGGAUCAUGAAGGGAAGUAAAGUGUUGGGACAUCAACAACUCGGUUCUGAGUGUGUCGAGCAACUUAGCCAAAUGUUCAAGCCUGAUACUAAAGCGAUCAAGAAACGUAUCGAAGAUUUAAUAACCAGAGAUUAUUUGGAGAGGGACACUGAAAAUCCUAACAUGUUUAGUCGUCUAGGCCGAGAAGGCGGGACCGUCAAGAAACCAGCCCCCGGGGCUAAUGUGUCCCGAAGAACCACCACCUAUGCUUCCAAUCCAUUACCAGGAGAAGAUGGAGCUGACACGGCUCCCGCGGCUGUCCCUACUCGGCUUGUUGGUGUCGUCACAGCUUAUACACAGGUUAAGCUCAAGAUCAACGCAACAUAG